CCCAGCACAGAUCUGUUUCAGCACGGUGGAGUAAAGAGCACAGCAAGACGGGGAAAAAAGAAACAGGGUUCAAAUGAAGAAAGAAAAGUUCAGAUAGACAACUCAAGUGAUUCAAGCGAAAAAUUACACAGCUGAGAGAAACUUUGAAAAGCAGGGAGAUAAAAGUGUGAAGAAAGUGAGGGUGAGAGACAGGCGGAGAGCGGAGCGUUUGAGUUCUUAAAGAGAAUGGGCUCCCUGGUGAGCGGUGCUUCUGCUCUUCUCUUUACGUCCCUGCUCACUUUGCUCUUUGGGCUUUCUUUGGUCGUGGCUCAGGAUUUGAGCGAAAGGGAUGCUUUGUGCAAUGCAGAAGGCUGCUUUGUGGUCUACUUCCAACGCAAGAUCUUCCUGGAAUCAUGGAGGGCCUGCAAGGAAAAAGGUGGCAACCUAGCUACCAUUAAACGGAGGCAGGAUGCCAACGAUAUUGCCACUCUUUUCUCCAGUCUAGACUUACGCCACUCGCGCACCAGCGUCCGGGUGUGGAUUGGCCUUCAGCGCCAGCCUCGCCAGUGUUCCUCCACACGCCCACUGCGGGGUUUCUCUUGGACUACAGGUGACCAGGACACAGACUAUACCAACUGGCAGAAAGAGGACUCCCCUAGUAUGUGCUCCGUGCCACGCUGCGUGGUAAUGGGCUACAGCACUCAGGAGCAGAGUGAUAACUUCAAAUGGCUGGAUGGUUCUUGCUCAGUCCCUGUGGAUGGGUAUAUUUGCCAUUACACCUACAAAGAAAUGUGCCCUGCCUUGUUAAGUGAAGGAGCAGGCAAUGCCCUCUACACCACCCCGUUUAACCUCCUAAGCACACUGCUAACCCAUAUACCCUUUGGAUCUGUUGCUACCGUGCCCUGCCCUGCUGGCACCAAGCAGGAACAGUCCGUUUUGUGUAUGCUGAAGGAAGAUGGCUCAGCGGGGUGGUCAAGAAAUUCCCCCCUCUGCUCAGAUCCCCCCGAAACAUACAACUGGUGUGAACAAAAUAAUGGUGGAUGUGAGCAUUACUGCAGGCCAGCCGGUGUUCACUUCUUCUGUGAGUGUGUCGAUGGGUAUCAACUGGGAGACAAUGGGCAGAACUGUGAGCUGUCUAAUGCCUGCCCUGAAGGAUACAUGCUGGCACCAGAUGAUCGCGGCUGUCUGGAUGUAGACGAGUGCCUCCAGAGUCCUUGCGAGCAGAUUUGCGUGAAUGCUCCAGGGACAUUCGAAUGUCAAUGUCGGGAGGGAUACCAUCCGGAUGAAGACGGUGGGUGUGAGGAUAUAGAUGAGUGUAUAAAUGAACCAUGUGAACAUGCCUGUGAGAACACUCUAGGCUCUCAUAUCUGCCACUGCCAUCUGGGUUAUUCCCUGAUGCCUGAGGAUCCAAGCAAAUGCCAAGACACCGAUGAGUGCCAGAUCCCCGGGACCUGCGAGCAGAUGUGUGUGAAUUAUGACGGCGGAUUUGAGUGCUACUGCGAGGAAGGCUAUGAACUCAUGUCUAAUCACUUCUCAUGCCGCAAGAUAGGGAAAGGAGAUGAGGAAUCUGCUGUCACCCCUCCUUUUCCUUGGGCGACUAACCAGCCUGGACCUCUAUGGGACCCUGUAGACUACGACUGGAACCCACAGCAGGGCCACACUGACUGGCCUCCCGAGGAUGAGCAGGCUCUGGAUUGGCUGACAGACCCACCCAGAGUUUUGGAUCCUGAUGUCAUAUGGGUCACCAGUGCCCCUCAGGAAGAAAUGCUCUUUGAUUUAGUACUGGAUGCUCCAACACAGCCAGCCGAGAAAGAAUUUGACAAUGGAGGAGUGGACUGGUUGGAGUGGGGGCAGGGACCUGGGUCGGACCUGGACAAUUUGCAGACCACAAUCUACACCACGCCUUCACCCACCACAAAGUCCAGCCCUACCCCGGACUGGUAUGAUGAUGAGGAAGAUGACGAUGAGGAGGAGACCACCACAGUGCUCCCCUACCUUUCCACCUCAACAAUCUCUGAGGGAGCUUGGAAUUGGUGGGCGGGGUUCACCACUUCCAGCCAGAACCCAGAAAAUCCAGAAAAUCCUGUCAUUGACCUCAACAUGCCCCCGGAUUCCGGCUACCACAAUGUGACAGAAGGAGAAGAGCAGUACCCCCUUAGGGAAACCUCCCCAGAUGAGGAGUUAGUGGAGGAAGAGAAGGAAACUGUGGAGGUCACACACCAAAAUGUUCCCACACAGCCGACUCCUUCCCAGACACCCCCAAGCAAGAUCUUCGACAUCACGGUUUCUGUCCAGGACGACAGGGGGGAUAAGCAGAGCAGCACCUGGCUCCUGGUGGGGCUCCUAGUGCCCAUCUGCAUCUUCAUUGUAGUAAUGGUGGCCCUGGGCAUCGUCUACUGCACCCGCUGUGCUGUUCAUUCGCACAGCAAGAAUGCCACUGAUUGCUACCACUGGAUCUCCGGGGCUCACGACAAACAAGGAGCUCCUAACCUCUCAGCAGGGGUCAAGACCCACGUUUAAAUAGAGAGGAGAGAAAGUGACAUUUAAUAUAAACAGACUGCUUCAGAGUCAAGCAGGAGUGAAUAAUGGAACUGGUAAGGGAGAAGCUAAUUGUUUUACCCUCUCUGACUGUUCGACUGCCCACUCUUUGAACACUUUUGGAUUUUGCUGUUUAAUAUCAAUGGAUUGAAGUUGAAAACCACCGAGUUUUUUGUUGAAAUGGGAUUCAUGUGUGGUGCUUUGAUGAUUCAUACACUGACCACUGACCAUUGCUUCCUCAUUGCACUAGGCUACAUGAUCAUAAAAUAUAAGUGCCUUCAUUAUUUUUUGUAUAUUUUUUCAAUAAAUUCUCCGAUAUCUGCUGAUAUCAGAGAAUAAGGUGUCAUGUAUUAAUUUAGAAUAUGUCACACUUGAGCCGGAUCCAGAUCAAUGAACUGAUGGCAUUCAACCUUAUUGUGAUAGCAAAACUUUACUAUGAGGCUUCUUCUAUGCAAAAUCCUCAGGCUCAGUUUUUUCAAUAGCAUAUCACUGUAGAUAACCCUUUACUGUCAACUGUGUUAAAGGGAUUAAAAUGCAUUGUUGGUGGAAAAUGGGUGAAAGACUGUAAGCCCUUCAAAAGAUAAGACAUUCUGCAGUCACAUGAUAAUGCUGGUAAUUUGCAGUAAUUUGAAAAUCACUGUGUUGAAUGUUUGAUAAGAGACCAAAGCCUUAUUUGUAUAUAGAGGUUCAUUUGUAUUUAUGUUUGUUGCAUAUUUGUCACCAGCCUUUUUUCUUGUAGAAAAUGUAACAAUUCAAUGACGUACCUUCUUUUAUGGAGCCCAUAAACAUAGUGAAAUGUAAAAGACUGUCUGUCUGCACAUGGGAACAGUUUCCCCCACUCAUGCCCAGUUAAAGAGCACUUCUCCUUUCCUUUCUUUUAUUACUUUUUCAGAGAGGUUAGAGUGCAGAUGUUCACACUGCACAGAGAAUGUUGUAGGGGCUUGUGGUUGACAUUAGCCUUGGCCUUGUUCAUGAUAUGGCCAUCAAUCACUCUUCGUAACCGUAAUUCAUUAUUACAGCCAUAAACGUUUGUCUUAAACCAGCCCUGAAAGGUUGUACGGCCGUGUGGAAUUACAUCCAGCUGUGUGUGCAGUCAGUGCGACACAUUGCUGCUGAAGCUUCAGAUGUUUUCAAACUGAACAUGUUCCAUUAAUCUCAGAUUCCAAAAUGUGAACACUACAUUAACUUGUUUGGAGAAGUGCACAUUGGAUUUUGGGGUGUAUGUUUCAAACAAACAAAUACACAAUCAGGAUUAAAUGGAUUGAUGCCGGAGGAAACAAAGUGCCAAUCCAAAUGUACACAUGAAAUGUGUCUUUAUUUUAAUGAUAGACUGUGAAAUGUAAGAAACAUCAAAUGUCUUUUCUUUCUGUUGCAUUUUAAGGAAUUGUGAAUUAAAAACUAUGACAAGG